CAGGACAUCUCAGAUUAUAAACGUAACUACUGUAAAAUUAGCUUCAUUAUUGUACCUAUAUUUCCUUUGUUAAUGCGAGAAAUUAACAAAACUAAAAUGACAGGGAUCAUUAAACAGGGUAGGCAACUUGAAGCUAAAUUGCAAUGCGAAUGAGUAAUAUAAAAAUAAAUAAAUUAUAAUAAAUAUUAUUAUCAUUAUCAAGUUCCGAAAAGUCAAUUUUUCACAUCAUCUUCAUUCCCUCUCGCAAGAGGGUUUCAACAUCGCUCAGGUGAAAAGUGUACUUUUUUCUUGAAUACUCGGAGAAUUAUGUUUCAGUGCAAUAUAUGCUCGGGAGAUGGUGCUACGAAAUAGCUAACCUGACGUGGUUACAGAGAAAAAUUGUCAAAUGUUUAUAUCACACGGAACCGCCGACAUCUUCGUAUGACGAGGCGUACAAGCAUCUACUUAAAGCAGAGGAGCUGCGACCCAGAUCGUUCUUACCCAACCUAUUCGUCUUGGGACAAGUAUGUUUUAAGCUGGGAUUCUAUUACAGCGCCAAAUAUUACUUGGAAAUGGCGUUGACUUUAUCGACACGCAGCGACGCGAAAAAAUGGGAGCACUUCCGCAACAGCGCGAAAAGCAUGCUGAAAAAAUUGAAAAAUUACGAUAUGGGAAGGGAGUUGUUGAGCGAACGGAAAACAUAAAACUCUAAUAUAU